AUUCAAGAAAGUUGAUACCUAACACGCAAAAGUACUCACUGAAAUACUUCAAAACUCUCAAUGGAAGUUCACCUGUGUUGGUAAAUGACAUAAUACUAUGAAAGAUCAACUAUCCCAACACUCCUGAGUUUGUGUUAGUUAAAGUUUAUUUCUUUUAUAAUACUUCAAAACUUAUCAAUUGUAUAACAUGUUUCAACUGAGUGAUUUUAACUUUUUUAAGUCCGCGUCUUAUAUGUCGUACUCAUCGUCAUCGGUCGACGUGCUUACACACGACGGGGUUAUAUGUCGUACUACAGUUGAACGAUAGAAUAAUGCAGGAUAAUGUGACUUGACAUUAAAUUAGCUACAGUUCCUGAGUGUCAUCAGCAGUUUUGUUUUCCUCCAACCAGGUUGCCGCUAACAGAGUUUGCGGUGCAGAUGACCAUGGCCUGACGUGUCUGAAUGACGUGCCUACCGGGUUUGAUCAGACCGUGACAGGAAUCAUGCUGAACUGUCUGUUCAACCUCACCACCCUCACCAAACAGCACAUCCCGCCGCUACCCAACCUCAUCACAUUCGGUAUAACCGGCAGCACUAUCCAGGCUAUAGAAGCGGGGACGUUCUCCUCCACACCGUCCAUGAUGUGGGUGACCAUCCGAUGCAGUCGCCUCCUACAUAUCGGUGACCUGACCUUUUAUAGUCUGCCCAGUUUGAAGACAAUCAGUCUCAAGCACAACCUCAUUCAAACCGUGUCUCCAAGAGCUUUCAUCGGCCUAAACAGCUUGGAAAAGAUCGUCUUGGGCAGCAAUCAGCUGACGGCGAUUCCCUUUGAGGCUGUGUGCUUGGCCCGCCGCAGCACAACUGUGGCCCGCCUGCAGGUCAAUCUGGAGGAUAACCAGAUCCGCACGGUGUUGGAAACGGGUUGGGAACAGAUCUCCGGCACAGCUGUCUCCCUCCUUCUCAGAGGCAACCCCUUAGUCUGUGACGGCAGAGUGCGAUGGUUGGUCUGCAACGCCACGACCUUGCAAAGUUUCCGGCGGGGCCGAGGCAACAUCGUCCGUGCUGGCUCUCUCCACUGCACGUCACCGACCGAACUGACCAGCUACGACUUCAAAUCACUCCACACCAACCCAUACUGCUCAUCUGCAGAACUGAUAUCCACCCCCACAAAGACACAUGCGUCCACAUCUCCAAUGGCAGAACCUACUAGGCUCCCAGCAAAGUCAUCCGGCACCACAGCUUCUGCCCUGACGCAGUUGGCGACGAAAACAGCAUCUAGUACCGUGGACAGAACCCGUAGCUUCGCACUGAAGAAGAAUCAUGAUGAUGACAGGCAGGCUUCAAUGGACUAUCUUUACUUACCUCUUGGACUUACUGCCGCCGUAAUAGUCUUGCUAGGAGGGACGGCAGCUGUGGUCAUAAUGUACAAGCGAUGUGUUUCAAGGGGAAGGCAAAAUCCCGUCCACCGAAUGCAAGGUGUCAUCAUUAGUUCUCAGCUAAUCAGCAAUCGGCUGUACCAACGCUCUGGAUCUGCCACAGGGAACGCCAGGGACACCGGAGAGACAGAAGAAACUGACGAGGAUUCGGGGGGACAGAAUUCUGCACAGAAUCUACACGGGGUCAUCAUCAACACAUCUCAACUCAUCUCUAAUCGGCUGUACCAACAUUCCGGAUCUGCCACAGGGAACGCCAGGGACACCGAAGAGACAGAAGAAAUUGAUGAGGAUUCGGGGAGACAGAAUCCUGCCCACAGACUACACGGGAUCACCAUUAACACAUCUCAACUCAUCUCUAAUCGGCUGUACCAGUCCUCCGGAACUGCCAUCAACAACGCUAGUGCAGACACGGGAAGAACAGAAGAAACUGAUCAGAACUCGGACGAUGAUAUGGAACCGUAUUCCAUCACACCUCUAGACCAAAUUGAUGAUCACUAAGCUGACAUAGCAAUGCUGCAACAGCAUUUCAGAAUACCACAGAGAACACAGACACCAGUAUAUAAACACGCAGGCCAACAUCUUCGAUUGAAUACAACUCCACAAAGAACAUAUUUGAUGAUACUUAAUGCAUACAGAAAAUAAACAGUUUGUAUCCACCAACCAAAUAUAUGACAUGUCAUAAAGAACAUUUGAAACGAUAGCUUGAUUUUGAUAGGUGUUGUUUUAUCGUGUAGUCAGACUUUGUCAUUGACAAACUCCUUCACUUUGCUCACUUGGUGGUUUAUUCGGUGGUCACUGGCCAGACGUUAUGUAACCGUAAAGACCCUUGGCCUUAAUUGCUCACUGAUGAAAAAAGAUGGAUAUAAUAAUAAUAUGAAAGGAUAAUUUGUUUUCAAUAAAUGCAAUAUUAAUUGCUCUUGUGAGAUUAAUAUAUUAGUAACUGUAUACCGUCUGGGCUGAUUUUGGAUUUCAUGUGAUAAGGGCAUGAUGUGUUAGGGACAAUAGAUUUCUUACUAUUGCAGUGUAACUAGUAGUUUUUCUGAACAUAUAUGAAAUGUUAUUGGCCCUUUUUAAAUUCUUUUUACAUAUAAUCUAUUUGUUUUUUGUAUUGAGUGAUUUAUUUUAACAUUACAAGUACAAGGUGGCACUGUACUUAAGUUUUAGAAACUUGUAUCAGCUGCGUCUCUAAUCAUAACUCUGUCAUGUCAGAAUGGUGGAGUGCACCGAAACCCCCUCCCCAUACAUAAAAGUGAAAGCAAUUAUAGAUGGACUAUGAAAGUCAUAGAUGCAUUCUACUU